AUGAGAGGAUAUUGGAAUGAAAGCACUGUAGCUGAAUUUAUAUUAUUGGGAUUUCCAUUAAGUCAAAGAUUUCAGAGGUUUUUAUUUUUUAUAUUUUUCAUUGCAUAUGUGUUAACAGUUACUGGAAACCUGCUUAUCAUUGCCAUCAUUCGAGCUGACUUGCAUCUCCAUCGUCCUAUGUACUUUUUUCUUAGUAAUUUUGCUUUUAUGCAGAUUUGUUAUGUCACUGUGACUGUUCCUACAUUACUUAUUGGCCUUUUGGUCAAAAGAAACAAAAUAUCCACUGGUGCUUGCUUUUCUCAGUGUUAUUUUUUCUUUUUUCUCGGGGGAAUUGAGAAUUUUUUGCUGGCAAUGAUGGCCUAUGACCGAUAUGUGGCGAUCUGUUAUCUGCUGAGGUAUAAUACCAUAAUGACGCCAACGUUUUGUUGGAGUUUGGCAUGUGGUUGUUGGUUAGGCAUCUUUCUUGGCUCUUUACUCCCUGUGAACAUCCUAGCAAGACUAUCCUUUUGUGGAGCAAAUAUUAUUAACCAUUAUUUUUGUGAUGUGUCCCCACUUCUAAAAUUGUCCUGUUCAGACACCUCUCUGUUGAAAUUGUACUUUUUUGGUUUGAUGUGGGUCAUUGUUUUCAGCUGUCUCUUGUUCAUUCUUGUGUCGUACGUGAAUAUCAUUAUUGCAAUCAUGAAAAUCUCCUCCAUACUGGGUCGCCAGAAGGUAUUCUCCACAUGUGGUUCCCACCUUACAGUUGUGAUUAUUUACUUUGGUGCUGUCAUAUUCAUGUACGUCAGACCAAAGGACAGUUAUGCCUUCGAGGAGGACAAGUUGAUCUCUGUUUUCUACUCCAUUUUAACUCCUCUUUUAAAUCCAUUCAUUUAUUGCCUGAGAAACAAAGAAGUACAAAAUGCAUUGCAAAAAAGUAUUCAGGCUAGAAAAAUGAUUCCAAGUUUUUACAUGUAA